CGUCGUUUCGCCCCCCUUGCCCUUCACCCCGCGAAGCGCAUGCUUCUGUAUGACACCAUAGCUGGGCCGGGCAGGUGGGCCUGUACUGGGACCAAAUCAACAUGAAGUACAUGGUUACCACAGACGCCUAUGGCCACGUCUACGACCACGAGAAUCCUAUGCAGUUCCCCCGCGACGACUACGGGGCGGCCAUGUACCCGCUGACCUUCAGCUACCGCCCCCCGAGGUGCGAGGGCCUCGACGACUGGGCGCGGCGCCUCGGCGCCCAGGGCUCCGCGGCCGCGGGCCCUGCCGAUGGCGAGCCGCCGCAGCCCGGCGCCGGCGAGCCGUCGCAGUCCGGCGCCGCGCCUGGCAGCUCCCCGACGGGACCUGCCGCUGGCGAGCCGCCGCCGCCCGGCGCCCGAGGAAGACCAAGCGGCACAGGCAGAAGGCUUUUCGGAGGUCCGCGCGGACUGCUCGGGGGUGCGCUGGCCCCUCCCCCCCCCCCCUGGCGGCGCGCCCCGCACGCCGGGGAGGGCCUCGUGGCUGGACAGGACCCCCAGCAGUGCCACGUCGCUGAGUGAAUCGCUCGUUUUCGGUCCUCGAGAGGGCGCCGGGGCCGUCAUUCUCCAGGCUUGCGCCCGCCAGGGUUGGGCCCCAGGUCGUUUUCACGAAGCCACGUGUUGCUAGAGGGAGGUCUGUCCAUCCCCGGGAGGGGGGCUCGGCGCAGACCCUUAGAAAUCCGCGCACAGCUCCGAGCGCUUCUGUCAGGGCGCGAGCUGGACGGUGCUUUGGCGAUUCCGUGGGCCGUUUUCGUUUCGACCUCGUUUGGUGGCAGGGCGGAAG